GCUGAGGUUAGGUCGGUGGCUAUAUGGACUCGUUUGGGAGGGCGGCUGGUGUUCUUCCCGUGCUCUCACUCUCUCCCACCCGCUCUUCGCCGCCGCCUUCAAAACCCUAGCUCUCUCUGCUCAACUCCAAUCCAAUCCGAAAGGAGUCCUCGACCCUAGGGUCCGAUGGCGAUCGAUUCUUCGAUGAUCUUCUUCUCCCUCCAUUGAUAUCAGGGUAGGGUUUUUGCGAGCCCCUUCGAUCCCCCCUCCAUCCCCUCCCCGCGGAGAUGGCCACCGCGAAUCCUUUCGAUCUCCUCGGAGACGACGACAACGACGAUCCUUCUCAGCUGAUCGCCGUCCAGCAGCAGAAGAUCGCCGCCAAGAAGCCCGCCUCCGCCGCCGCCCCUCCGGCGGCCGUCAAGCUUCCGUCCAAGCCAGCCCCUCCUGCCCUAGCCGUGAGGGAGGCGAGGAGCAAUGCGGCGACAGCCCGAGGUGGUGCCGUGCGUGGUAGGGGUAGGCGUGGAGGUUGGACCGGCCCGAAUAGAGGUUUUGGCAAUGGGGAUGCCAAUGGAUUUACCGGGGGCUAUGGCGGAAGCAGCAUUGGUGAUGAGGGGGACGCUGCUAAGCCUUUUGAGAGGGAGCGUGGGGGCCAUGCCUCGCAAAGGCAGCCAUACCGUGGUGGUCGGCGGGGCGGAUAUAGCAAUGGAGACGCUGGGGAUGACUCUGAACGUCCUCCACGGAAAGGUUAUGAGCGACAUAGCGGAACUGGCCGCGGUUACGAGAUGAAACGGGAGGGUUCUGGGCGUGGGAAUUGGGGAACACCAACUGAUGAUAUGCUUACACAGGCGACUGAUGAUAACGGGAACAUUGACGAGAAGCUUGCAAGUCCUGAGAAGCAGCCAUUGCAGGAGGAUGGACCAUUGUCUGAGGCGAGUAAGGAUAACAAAGAGGGUGAAGCAAAUGAGUUGGAAGAAAAAGAGCUGGAGGAUAAGGAGAUGACCCUAGAGGAGUAUGAGAAGAUAAAGGAGGAGAAACGAAAAGCGCUGCUUGCAUCGAAGCCUGAAGAGAGGAAGGUUGAGCUGGACAAGGACUUUGAGUCCAUGCAGCUGCUUUCUCUUAAGAAAGGAAAUGAUGAUGUCUUUAUGAAAUUGGGUACAGAUAAGGAUUCGGGUAAAAAGAGGGACAAUGCUGAUCGAGAAGAACGAGUCAAAAAGUCUUUCAGCAUCACUGAGUUUUUGAAGCCUGCUGAAGGAGAAAGGUAUUAUAGUCCUGGUGGCCGUGGCUUUGGUCGUGGUCGUGGCAGGGGAAGAGGUGACCGCAGACCAUUUGGAGAUGGUUUUGGAAGUGGGGUUACAGUCAAUGCUACUGCCCCUUCGAUCGAGGAUCCUGGACAAUUCCCCACACUUGGUGGGAAAUAAUGUGCUUGUGAUGGCACUUGUGCUUAAUUUUUAUCUGCCAUUGUUCUAAUCUAGUCUUUUUCAAAUUUAGCGGGCUGAUGUCUGAAUUCAGUAAAAUAAUAUACAAGUCUGAAAGAGAGCACUUAUUUAAAUUUUGGUUUCCUAUGCACA